CUAAAAUAUAACUCUCUUUCCCUCAGCGAAACAUGAGAAUUUUUAACGUGUUCUUCUGCUUAGCCCUGUGUUUCCAAGAAUGGAUCUGUGUGACAUCGGCUGAGGACGGAAAACGGGGGCCCACCUGCCUCGGCAGGCCUUGUUCAACGAACAAGGACUGCGUUUCCGAAGAGUGUACGGAUAUAUGUGGACGCGGACAUUGCGAGUGCGCAAACGGUGGGCGCCCGUGGCUUAACGCAAAAUGCUCCGGGACCUACAGCCCGCCUUCCGAUGCUGCCAACGAUGAGGAAGCAUCCCCCACCCGCAAACCUCCCGUGGUUACAACGAGGCCGACCGCUAUCCCCGCUAUCACAGCGAAGAAACCUUCGCCUGCCCAGAUCAGCGCAGCAGCACUGGCCCCACCGAUGAUUCUUAAGCCUUAAACUAUCGUUUAAAUACAUAAAGGUUUCUGCCUUGCUGUCAUUUUGCUGAGCCAAACAUUCGCCAUCCGCAAACCAGGACAACCGGUUUUUCAAUUAAUAUAUUUAGCCGCAUUUUUUUCCUGCUCGACGAGUG